AUGGAUCCCCCUAGACUUGCUGGUGAUGAAUCUUUUCUCGCUAAGGAAUUUCUUGAAGAAGUUGGAGCCAAAGAACAAGACAAUAUUGGAAGCCUUGGUAUUGGAGACCCCGAUUUUCCUGAUUGGCCCACUAUCCUCGAGCUCGAUCUAAUUCCAUCCGCUUGCAUGAUAUCUCCGGCAUCAACGCCGAUACUCCAAAUUCACUCACCAAUAGAACCCCAAGACGACGCAACAGCAAAGUCCCUGAUACGUUGUACUGAAUACGCUAAAACUCCUGGGCACGAACCACGUUCAAAACUACGGAAAGGCUCCAAGUCAUAUCAAUGCGAAAAAUGUCCCAGAUCGUUUUCGAACCUCAAGUCGUUCGGUGACCACAUGCGGACUGAGCAUAAUGUCCAAGCGUUCAAAUGCCGUUCCUGCGGUAAGCAAGUCGCAAGGCAUGAUAACCUUCGACCCCACGAGAUGCGUUGUAAAGGGCUUCAUUCAAUAGGGGAUAAGAGAUCCGUCCUGGCCGGCUCAGCGGUCGUAAAAGCAUCUGGAAGGCCGGAGAAACGCCAUCGCUCCCAAGCGUCCGAUAUCUCCGGGAAAACAGGUUUUAAAACCACAGAUCCCUCACCAGUUAUACCCACAAGCCCAAGUGAGAGUGAUAGCUCGCUGUCCUCGACAAGUGGUAGCGAUGAUGAAAUCCAGGAAAGUCAACUCGUAAUCGAAGUUAAAACGCUCAAAGAGGAAUUGAAUAGAAGCAAUGCGGAUUUAGCAUUGUUACGGGGCCAGGUCAGCAAGUUGGUUUUGGAAUGCGAUCUCUGGAAGCAACAUUAUCUCCAGUUGAGGUUGGGGGACAAAGUUAGCUAG